AUCACUUCCUUGUCAAUUGAUACUUUGCGUUGCAAUAAUUAUAAUCAAAGUACUCCCCCAGUGAGCGUCUUCACGAAUCAUUUUCAUAGCACACGAUCACUACACCCGCAAAAUGGUACACAAAAUGUUUUAUGGCCUGAUACACGAUGCAACGGUUCAUAAGGUAGCGAUUACCUUUAAUUGAUGACAAGCUAUCUUCUCCAUCGUUUAUAUCAACAUUUUAGGUUCAAAGUAAAGUUUGGUUGGUUUGUAGAAAUUUGCAUUGCUCAAAGGCUAUAUUUACUUUGUUGUCACCUGUGCAAACAUUUAUUUCAGAUAUAAUAUACAUAUUUUACUCAUGAUGCCUUAAAAUUACAACGUGUUGAAUGAUGGCUAGUCUGAUAUCAAAGGGAAAAAAACCUAACAAACAAAAUAAGGAGUGUUAACCUGGAACAAAAUGGAAAAGGAGCACAUUGCCAUUUUAUCAACAAAAAGGACUUUAGCAUAUGCCUUCAAAACAUUUUAAGAAUGAUUUCCUUCCAAGACGCGUAACAUUAUUAUUUAUAUUUGUUUUGAUCCUUGAUUUGACGUGUUAAAAUAUAAUAUGGGAUACUUAGUUGUCUCUCAGAGUGGAACACGUGUCACAUGCAGCAAACUCGAUACCAUUACUAUCAUUUGUCACAUCUUAGUAAUUGCCAUAAUUAUCUCCUACGUGAUUAGAGCCAUCUGAAGCCAACUAAGAACUGUGGCUCGAAAAUGCUCAUCGAAAAACUAAUAACAUAUCUUGCGCUUGUAAUAUAUUUAGUUGUUCCGUCUCGGUUGUGUGAGGGCGCUCUAAAUUCAAAGAAUGAUAUAACUGUGAUUGAGCCUGUGAGAGGAGCCAUGUGGAUAUCGGGACAACACUCUUACCCUAUCACAUGGACUCAGUCGAAAUUCUGCUUCAAAUGGAAUAUAGAACUGUUGGAUAUUGAAGAGAGAAAAGUCGCACAGAUUUCAACUGGACUAAGCGAGUUUAAAGAGGGAAGCAUGCGUCAUGUUUGGCUUAUUCCACCAACAAUUCAAAACGGCGAUUAUGUGAUCAAAAUUUGUGAGAACAGCGCUCCUGAAAAUUGUGGUAGGAGCAAUUCAUUCUUUAUUAGGACCACUAAAGAGAUUGGACAUGCCGAAGAUACUGAUUUUGACGCGUUUUCCCCGAUACAUACUCCUCAAAUGAAAGAAACACUUACCUUUUCUGGUAACGCGACGAACAAUGAGAGGUCCGCUGUCCAACGCAGGUUACCGCAUGAGCUGCGCCGACAAAAGCGCACGGAGCGAGAACGGCUCCACUUUAAAUACAUGUCUGAGCGGAUUAGACAUGACGCAGAUCAAUUACAAUGCGCAAUCGAACGCGUCCAUCGACCAUCAAAAGAGACAUUUGUGGAGCAGUAUAUGAAGCCUCGAAAGCCUGCCAUUUUAACAGGAAUGAUGGAUAACUGGGAAGCAAUGAAAUCCUGGAGUUUUGAUAAACUCGGUAGUAUCCUCACUAAAGGAGUGAAGGUUGACAUCAUAGAGAAUACCACUCCCUAUUCACAGUGGAACGAAUUUCGUGCCCUGUUUGCUGACAUGUACAAAGAUCCAGCCCAAGUGAUUAUGACAGAUUUCCAUCAGAUUUACCCUGAGCUUAUGGAUGCAAUAAAUUUUCCGAAAUUUUCUAAAGACUAUUUUGAGGAAGUUGUAGACGAAGACAUUCGUCCUCCCCAGCUUUCUUUUGAGAUGGCUCCAACAAGAUCUGGUUUUCACUGGCGCGUAGAGGCACUAAAUGCCUCAUUAUGGAGUGCUCUAAUACAAGGCAAAAAGCUUUGGGGUCUUUAUCCACCAUCAAAGUAUUAUGUACCAGGAGUAAAUCACAAUAAUCAUCGAACACAGAAUUCUCAGCAGUCUGAGUCAUUUACCUGGUGGAUUUAUACUAAACCUGAGUUACAAGAUGAACACAAACCACAGGAAUGUCUACAGGAGGCAGGGGAGAUACUUUACAUCCCCUCAGGCUGGUGGUGGAGCAAUGUCAACGUAGACGACACAAUUACCAUGCAGAAAUCCUUUUGUGACGAAACAAACAUCCGAUCCUGUAUGGACGAGUUGAAAGAAUUAGGUGACAGUGUUGCUGACAACUUCCACGCUGAUGUUUACAUCCAGUUGCGUAACUACUUGGCAAUUCAUGACCCAGGGUUUCUCACAGAUGACGACCGACAAUUUAAGUCUCCUAUAAGAGACCUUGGACAAACUAACAGUGAUCACGGAGAGAAUUUCCACCAAAAUGUGUGGAAGAAAUACUUUGAGGAAGGGAUUGAUGAUGCAAAAUUCUCAAGCAAUCGUGAUGAUGAGGCGAAUGUAUGAUGGGUAAACUCACCAAUGUGAUUGCCUCUCUGGCUGUAAAUCUCGUUCGUUUUCUCUCACAACACUUGAGGAUUUGUAUGAAAUCUCGAUGGAAGAUUUACAAGGAAUAAUCCAUGCUUAACACAUAAUUGACAAACCUCUUAGAAACUUCACGGAAGCCCCGCCUGGCAACCAUUGCACACGCAUAGUGGCAUAACCUUUAGUGCAAACCCCACAAGUUGUUUAUUUGCCAUAUUUCGCUGCAACUUUCGGAAAUAUCUGUACUCAAAAGAUGCGUCGUAUCCAUGCAUGUUUUAUGUAGUACUGCAUAGAUUCUUGGAAGUUCGUGACAUCGGAAAUUGCUUUUCCACUCGUUUAAUUUGGAUUGAUGCGCUAGCUAUGAAUAGACGCAAAUCUGGUGAAGUGCAAAUGCAAUAUGAGUAUUGGGGUAACUGAAAGAUAAAUGUUAUAGGAUUUUUUUUCAUAAAGUGUGAGUAUUUGUGAUUGUUUAA